AUGAGUCGUCCUACCCUCGUCAAUGAUGACUGGUCUGCACAACGACUUCCCCUGGAACUUGACGAUGAAACACUAACUGAAGAGGCUCAGUUGACGAGGGAGGCAACAGAUUGCUGGUUGAGUGCCACCUUGCAUCACAUUUUCCUCUCGAAAAUAGUAGCCAAUGCCAUCACUGCGCAGAGGCAGACAAAUCAAAGCAUGCUUUUCGAGACCAUCUCAAGGAACCAACGUGCACUCGAGACAUGGCAGUCGUCUUUGCCGCCACAUCUAUCAGGACAUGUGAGGCCAUCGAGUCUCAUUCCCAAAUUUCAGCGUCAAGCUAUCUGUGUUCGGACGUUCUACCUGCAUGCCAUGAUUAUGGUCAAUAGGCCACUGUUGUUGCGUCCUCUGCGUCCUCAAACUAGUCAAGUAGAAGAUGACGCAUUGCAGGCCUCAAGAACAGCUUGCCUUGGCGCGUCGGAAAAACUCGCACGUCAGUUCAUUGACUUCCACAGACAAGGGCAACAGGCAACUACGUAUUGGUUCACCCAGAACGUAACCUUCAACGCGAUAUCCAUCCUGUACAUUCAUUGCCUUCAGACAUUACAUUCGCCUCUUCCCUUCGAUGAUGGCGAGGUGGGGAUGUUGACUCUUGCUCAAGAAGCUCAUUCCAGUUUGCAAGCCUAUUCUCAACAUAACGCAGCCAAUUUCAAGUAUUGUGCUUUACUUGAUGAACUACAGAAGGAGGCCACGGCCUUGGUGGGGUCAAGAUCUUUAACAAUCGCGUCUACUCUGGGUAUGACUUCUUCGCCUGAAGCAUCAUCAUCGCGGGACCAACUUGAGCAAGGGAUGGAAAACCCCUUUUUCACUUCAAAGGUGAAUGCAGCACCUCAUCUGCCACGUGCUGUGGAAUUUGAUGAUAUCUUGUGGAGUUGGUUUGACGAGUUCCAAUUGCAGGAGAGAAAUGGAUAUCUAGGAGACAUUGGGGGAGACGCUCCGCAGUAA